AUGCUCUUCAUUGGAACCAUCGCUGAGAACAUCGCGUACGGCUUGGCAGAGCAGCCGAGUCAGCAACAGAUCGAAGAAGCUGCCAAGAUGGCCAACGCGCACGACUUCAUCACGCAGUUCCCGGCCGGCUACGACACUCAGGUAGGGAUGAAGGGGGAGCAGUUGUCGGGAGGGCAGAAGCAGCGUAUCGCCAUUGCUCGAGCUAUUCUGAAGAACCCGAACGUCUUAUUGCUGGAUGAAGCCACGAGCGCGCUGGACUCGGAGAGCGAAAAGGUGGUACAGGAAGCGCUGGACAAGGUGGUGGCGUUGAAGCGACGGACAACUAUCGUCAUUGCUCAUCGGUUGUCGACGAUUCGCCGCGCUGACAAGAUUUGUGUCGUGAGCGGAGGCAAGAUCGCGGAGCAGGGCACACACCAGGAGUUGUUGCAGCUGAAUGGGAUCUACGCUGGUCUCGUGGAGUCUGCGUCGAUGUGA